AUGGCCAAACUCACUGAUGAUGCCGACUACGAUGAUGGCGAAAGGUUUGAGAAUGUAUCAAAUCCACUGUCGGAUGCUGAGAAUCGUGACGACUUCGGACUAGGUACGUUCUACAUG